AUGGCGAGGAAAUCUAACCAGCUCCGGUCCAAAGAAGAGCCCCGCCGCUCGAAACCGAAAGGAACAAAGAAGCCAUAUACGCGGGGCGGCCUGGAUGCCUUGACAGUUGCAGAGAAGCAAUAUCCCUCGAAUUCCGGAAUUCGAAAACACCGCUUGGGGGUGGAGGGUGAUGACGGCUCUAAGCGCAAGAGAGGCGGGCCUUCGAGACUAGACGACGAAGGGGACUCUCACGACCCGCCUUCCAAGCGACGGAGGACUGGCGACGACGAUGAAGGCUCCGACUCGAGCGGCAAUCGCGGAAGUGAUAGUGAGGGGAAUGAAUGGCUGUUGGGUCGGGUCGAUUCCGAUGAUGACAGUGAUAUCGACAGCGAUGAAGCUAUGGGUGAGAGCGAUGAGGAGAAUUUCGAUGGGCGAAAGGUUGGUGGGAGCGCUAAGGCAAAGGUGAAAUCUACGUUGAGAAACCGGGAUACGGAUGAUUUCAACUUAUCAGAAGGUGACGGCGAAGCGCUGGAGGAUGACGAUGAUCUUGGGGAAGAAGCGGUGGAUCUUGCUACGGCUUGGGAUAUGAACGCAGAGGACACAGAAUCGGACGUUAAAGCGAACACUACGAGGGCGAAGAAGACUCUUCGAUCUAAGACUACAGAUGAGGAAGAUAAUAUUGACACUACUGGUAGCGAGGGUGAGGACCAAGAGGGUGAUUCUGAUGACUCUGACGGUGACGAUGCAAGCGAUGUCUCUGGGCUAUCCCUUUCUGACGAAGGUGACUCAAAUGAGCGUGGCCUGUCGAAAUUACAAAAGUUCGUCAAGUCCAUGGAAAACGGACAAAGCGACGAAGGCAAAUCGAAACCGAAGCAUCAGACCAUCACUCACGGCGCCCAACCUACGGAAUUCGGCCUCAUGCCAACACGCAAACUUACAGUUGCCGAUCUGAUCCCGACCAUUUCCGACUCGCGCAUGAAAGGCUCGCUCAAACAUCUAGACGCCGUUGCCGCAACGAAGAAGAGCAAAGCCGGAAUACCUGGGAAGCUGCAAGCGCCUCUCGCUAAACGGCAGCAGGAUCGUAUUGACCGUGCGGCAGCUUAUGAGAAGAGCAAGGAGACCCUUAAUCGGUGGAUUGAAACGGUGAAAGCUAACCGAAGAGCCGACCACCUCUCGUUCCCCCUUCCCGAGCCGAACGCCAUACAGCAGUCAUCCAUUACUGAUUCGAAGCCAUUGACAGACCUCGAGAGCACCAUCCAGAAUAUCCUUGUAGAGAGCGGCCUAGCGGAUGAGAAGGAUAAAUCCAGCGAAGCUCGGAUUCAGGAAUUUGAAGAAUUACAGGCGAAAAAGCUCCCGUUGGAAGAAAUACAGGCGCGUCGCGCGGAGCUACGGAAGGCUCGAGAGUUACUUUUCCGCGAGGAGGUUCGAGCCAAGCGGAUUAAGAAAAUUAAGAGCAAAUCUUACCGCCGUGUGCAUCGCAAGGAGCGGGAAAAGAUGGAUAUUAGAGAGCGGGAAGCUCUUAUCGCCGCUGGUGUUGAUGUUGAUGAGGAAGACCGCGAAAAACUCGACCGGCAGAGAGCGGAAGCUCGAAUGGGAGCGAAACAUCGGGAAAGCAAGUGGGCUAAAGGCCUUAAGCAAACUGGAAGGACGGCCUGGGAUGACGAAGCACGACUGGAAAUGGCGGAUCUAGCAAGGCGGGGGGAGGAAUUGCAGAGCAGGAUAGAAGGAAAGCGAGUCACUACGGGACAGGAAGGGUAUCUAGGGUCCUCAAGCGAGGAGUCAGAGAGCGACAGUGAUGCGGCUGAAGAUGGGUUUGGAUCUGAUGCUGAGGCACAACGCCUGAAGAAAAAGCUCAAUGACCUCGACCAAAACGGCAAUGAGAAUGAAGAGCCCAUCACCGGGCCUCAUGCAGGGUUACUGUCCAUGAGAUUUAUGCGGAAUGCGGAGGCUGCGCGAAAGGCUCAGAACGAUGCUGAAAUUAAAAAACUCCGUCGUGAGAUGGAUGGCGGGGAUGAUUUACACUCCGAUGAUGAGAUGGAGAUGGCGGCGAUAGGGCGCCAGAAGUUUGGCCGACUUGCCACUACCAACGAACCUGCCGUCACGGCUCCUCAACGGCAGGAAUUUGAGGAGCCAGAUUCUGAUGCAGAUGACAAGGCCCGCGCAGUAGAGUCCGAUGGCGAAAUUGAGAUUCAGGUGGAUAGCCCUACUACGAACAGUAAUAACAGCAACCACCGUGCGCAUAAAUCUACUGCACGCAGCUCUCAACCUCUCAAGAAACGAUCUCCUCUAGCCAACAACCACGCAACUCAGGAUGACAACGCUGACGUCGAUAAUCCAUGGCUCACGCAGCCCAAGCGGAAUGCGAAGAAGCACAAUGGCUCCUCACCAGAUGCAGCGGCUGAAAUUAGCCUGAUCAGCAACGGUGCGAUGGAAAGCGAUCCCUCCACGUCCCGCUUGUUGUCCGUAGCACCCAAACACGCCAAAUCUUCCGCCAAAGGAAAUCCAAGCGCUACCAAAUCACGCGACCAGCCAGCUGAAGCCGCCACUGCCACCAGCGAUAAUGGUGACGAUGACGGCGACGAUGACGGCGACGCCGGCGGAAAUACACGCGUACCCGUCCUGCUCAAGAACGCCGAUCUCGUCAAGCGAGCGUUCGCGGGCGACGAGGUGCUGGCGGACUUCUCGAAGGAGAAACGGAACACGGCCGCAGAGGAGGGUGACCAGAUCAUCGACACCACGCUGCCCGGGUGGGGGUCGUGGGCUGGCGCUGGCCUGACGAAGCGCGAGAAGCAGCAGGCGAAGGCGAGGCGGUCGUUCGUGACGGAGGAGGGCGUCAAGGCUGAGAAGAGGAGGGAUGCGAGGCUGGAUCGGGUUAUUGUUAAUGAGAAGCGGGUUAGGAAGAAUACAAAGUAUCUCGCGUCCCAGUUACCCCACCCCUUCGAAUCAAGGCAGCAAUACGAACGCUCGCUGCGGCUGCCCAUCGGGCCCGAAUGGACGACCAAGGAAACAUUCCAGAACGCCACGAAACCGCGUGUCAUGCUCAAGCAGGGCGUUAUCAAGCCGCUGCAGCGACCUCUGCUGUGA